AUGCCGCUCUUUCGACCUGUGAACCGCUUGCGGGUUGUGUCAGCUGGUUCGUGCGAUGCAGCGCCUGAAAGUGCAUACCAAGAACAGGGGCAGAUCUAUUUUCCAACUGUGGUGCCACGAUCGUCCAAGACGUGCUGCUGCGCUGAUCAAAAAGAGGUUUGGAUGAGGCCGGCCUGUGGCUCUUGCCGAACUCGCUACAGCUGGAUUCGAAUGGCGUCCAGCCUCGGUGUCGUCCUUUCGGUCGCCCUUUGCGUCGCGGCCGCGGAACUGCAGGGGGCCAAGGUCAGCCAAGAGCGCAAUGCCACCGGCUUGGAGGGCCAGGCAAAGCUCCGGGCAACGUAUCAUAAGGCAGAGGAGAUUUACGACAGACCAGAGGGGACCCCCUCAGCACAGCAUAUUCACAACUUCGAGGACACCGAGAUUGCUGCGUUGGCGCACUACGUCACCAAGUGCUUUUCAAAACAUCAGCUGAGCGACUGGAACCAAUGCAUCCGGACGGAAAUGGAUUUGGAGAACGAUUUGGUGAGUGUCUUCAUCUUCCAGGGCGUGAGCUUCUCAUCGUGGAUGCAUUGCAAGAAGACGGUAUUCUUCAAUUGGGGUUGCACCGCAGGGCAAAGUUUCCCGGACCGACGAGCCGACUGGUGUGCAAAGCUCUGCCUGACCCUGCUUCAGGCGAAGAAAAGGGUUGGCACUCCCGAGCUGCCGUGGUCUGCCUGGAGUGCGGCGUGGCUCCCCUUCGCGCAGCAGGUGCUGGACCAGUCAGCACAGAGCAUCUUGGAGUGUCCGGAGGGCUCCAUGGCGGCGGUGGCACAUGGCCUUCUCGCCAUGGAUGAGGUCUCUGAGUUUGCCAGUUAUGAGAGCAUCAAGACGCUGCACCAUGCGCUGCAGAUGCCGCCCCUGCGAGAUGAGAUGUCGUGGCAAGACUAUGGGAUGCUCACCAGUGCCUCCUUGUUUCACUUCAUGUACUACAAGUGGGUCAACGUGCCGCAAGACAAUGAUGUGGCAGAGACGGCGGCUGAGGAUGUGACGAUGAGUCCCGCCAUGCUGCGACCGCACCAUGAGUUCCUUUUCAGGAGUUUCAUAGGUCCCUUCGUGGCCAGCGGAGUGUAUGACCUACCCAUGACCGAGAACAGCGUGUUCUUUUCCGAGGCCUUUGCCUUCGCGUCCUUCUGCCACCUACAUCAGGUGGAUCUCGUGGCCGAAUCGGGGGUGUACAAGGGAGCUUCCACUGAGAUGUGGAGCCUCUUCGCCAAGGAGGUUGCAGCUGUGGAUAUCUCCCUGACUCAGGAGGCAGAGCAAGUGGCUGAAAGACAUCCCAACGUCAAACUGUACACAGGCGACGGCCGAACUCUGCUGCCCCAGUUGCUUCGCCAGUCAGCUCGAGCAGCUGUGUUUAUCGAUGGCCCAAAGGGAGAACUGGCCAUACGUCUGGCCUUGAGCCUUUGCGAACUGCCGCAGGUGGCGUUCGUAGCGAUCCACGACAUGGGGCCCUACAAGCGCGAGCUUCGCCGACUGGGUGCGUUUUUCUUCAGCGACGAAGAUUGGUUUCAGGCCGCUUACGGACACCUGGACGAGCCCUUUCGGCAAAGACCCGAGCUGGUGGGUGGAGGUCAUGGCGCCGGGUUGAUCUCGGCACGGCUUCCCGAGAACGUGGCAGAAUUUUUGGCCAGGCAUUGGAAUGCUCGACUCGAGAGUGUGGAGCACCUGGCACACUUGGGUUUGGUUCACUGCGACAUCAAACCCAACAAUUUCAUGCUGGAUGAUCAAGGCAAUGUGUUCAUUAUUGAUUUUGGCUCCGUUUCUGUGGAGAGCGACGUGCCGCCCAUGACUUGUCAGCAGUACUGCCCGCCAGAUUCUGUAGUCACCUCGGCAUGGGAUAUCUUUAGCCUUGGGAUCGUUUUUUCCGAGAUGUUCAGAUUGGACCCGGUGCAGGCAGCACACAUUGCCCAACAAAAUCCUGCUUUUCAUGGUGGGCUGGAGCGGCUGAUGUCCCGCAUGUGCAGUUGCUUGAUUUCUGAUCGGCCAAGUUUGCGGGAAUGUUCCUUUGUAUUGCGCGCCGCAUUUGAGAAACGUUAUUUGUAG